GCCWUCUCUGUCAAAGGCACUUCCCCCCCAGCCAGCGCUGAGAGCUGCUUACAGCACGUCGCCUGCYAUUUCCCACCCAGGCAGUGCAGGGCUGACACUUCUCGCAGGCAAGUGUGUCCCCUGCCAGCAGUCUCCCAGCUUUGCUUUGCACCAGGAWUUACAAUGAAUUUUGCAGCACAGUUUCUCUACUUCAGRGUGUUAAAAAACAGAAGUCCCAGGGACCGCUACAGGGAAGAUGAAGAGUACGACCCUUUCUGGCAAAGGUUGGAGAAUAUUGCUGUCUGACUUAGAGCUAGAGCGCUCCUUUAUCCCCCUCAGGGGUCAUGGUCAGCCCUCGGGGUCCACCCAGGGCCAGGCCCACGGACAUGACAACCCCUGGACCCCUCCUGCCUCCUUAUGGUGUCGUAGUUGGAGUUUUGCUUCACCUCGUUGUUUAUUUAGUCGCUGUGCUUUAUAGUUAUGCUGAGCAGCUGUUCUUGAAAAAGGAUGACAAUAAAAUAAAGAAACAAGAUAUCCCAGCGCUUUGUGAUCUUCACUGCUGUAAGGAUGUGCCCAUAAGAAAUGGCCUUAUUGGGCAGAAACCACCCUCCAUCAAUCCUGAGAGACUGAAGGAUUUUGGUGAGGAGGAUUACCUGAAUGGCGAUGUGAAGACCUGGGAAAUGAAGAUAGUGAGCCGAAAUGAGGAGUUACUUAGGGAUGCCCUUUCCUGCCUCCCUCAGCCAAGCAAUAGGACCAGCCUGGCAAGCUGUAACAAGCUGAUUCSAUUUGAAGACAUUCGUGCAGCAGCCUUCAAAAUCCAUUGUGGAGUUCAGAAAACCCCCUGCAUGUAUUCUAGGCUAUCCAAGCAGUAUGGAAUGGACAUCUACCUGAAGAAGGAGUUCCUCCAGUACACGGGAUCUGUGAAGGAACGAGGUGUACUUCACCUUCUGAUGUCAUUGCCUCAGGAUCAGCAAAGAAAAGGGGUGAUCGUGGCUUCGGACAGUAACUUUUCCAUGGCUGUUGCUUACCACGCCUCAGAGCUCCGUAUCCCCGUGUUUGUCAUCCUGUCCACCAGCACGGCUCCGGCCAGGGUGAAGAUGUGCCGCGAGUACGGUGCCAUGGUUAUAUCCUACGGCACCACAGCCAAGGAUUCCCAGGUGCACGCGAGGAGGCUGGCACAGGAGAAUGGUUACCUCUACCUCGAAGAGGAGGACAGUGCUGUUUACCUGUCAGGCCUGGGAACCGUGGGGCUGGAGAUGUACGAGCAGGUGCCAAAGCUGGAUGCAGUGAUCUUCCCKGCAGGAGGCCACUGUGGCUUGCUGGCAGGGUCAGCUGCUGCACUCAAACACCUCAACCCACAUAUUUCUGUAAUUGGGGUUGAAUCUGAAAGUUUCCCAGUAUUGCAACAGUCCUUAAAAGCUGGCCACCCAACUGAAGACCAGGCCUACAACAAUCAUCACUUCUAUGGAGAUGUGAGUGGAGUUUGCUUUGGCAGCAAUUCUUUGCAGCUGACUGGGAAGCUUGUGGAUAAAGUUGUUGCUGUGAGGGAGGAGGACAUCCUCAUUUCAAUGCUGAGAUUGCUGGAGUAUGAGCGAGCUACGGUCGAUGCAGAAGGGGCCAUUGGGCUUGCAGCACUGGUGGCAGGGAAGCUGCCUGACUUAAAGGGUAAAAGAGUGGCAGUUGUUUUAUGCAGUGGAAACCUGGAAUUACAUUUGYUGCAACAGUGCAUUGCUCGUGCCCUGACCCUCGACAGCAGAGUGUGCCGAUUUUCCCUUGUGAUUGCUGACUGCCCAGGAGACAUGUCAAAGCUACUGGAGCUUUUGGCUCGGGAAGAAGUAAGAGUUUUGGAUAUCAAACAAGAACGCACAUUUGUGACGUCUGAGCUGUUCACCGUCCAGGUCAUCUGCACUGUGGAGACCAGAGACAAGAUCCACACAGCCCAGCUGAGGAAUGCACUCUUGGAACGCUACCCCACAACUGCCUGGACUGAGCGGUGACGGGCACAGCGCGGGGGGAACGAGGGUCUCUCACGAGGAUUCUACAGAGCCCCAGUCUUGAGGCUUUCAGAACAAAUAUUAUCUUGCAAAGCUGAACAGUUAGCAAAUAGUUUCAGGAUAUUUAUUUCCUGCUCAAAAUGUAGUAAAUGUCUUUUGGCAAAAAAGUUAAACUCAAAAGGUUAGUUUAGCUAAGGGAAAACUCUUAGCCUCUGCUGCUGUUGGAUUUCCAUAAUUCAUUGUCAGCUGGCUGCCUGGAUUUUAGCUAGUUUGUAGAAUCCAAUGAUAUUCCAYAAACAAACAAGGAGAAGGCAUUUCUCUCUGCAUCUGAAUAAAGACCUCUCAAAGAUAUUUUGAUGCCCCUUGUUACAGUAAUGCAGCUCCUUCUGGUGGUCUUUGACACACUGCAAGUACAGAACUUGUGUGUUUCCAAGCCAGAAGCAGUUUUCUGCUUGUGAGAUCUGCUUCAGGAGAUAUGUACAUGUGUGUGGGUUUGAACACAUAUCUGUUUUGAUCUUUGCUACCAUGUGAGGAAAAAUUGUGCUAAUAACAUACAAUUUAAACAUAAACCAAAAACCCUUGGAAGAUAAAAGCCAAUAUUUUAUAAAAUUAUUUUUUCCCGAGGGAAAAUGAUCCUAUUUGCAAAAUAAAAUUCCAAAAUAKUUUGCAGGAAUUGAAAAAAAAAAGUACUGAGUAUGAUUAGACCUCAUAAACACAACACAAAUGUAYUUCUUCCCUCUGCUUUUGGAGACUCAAUAUUAAAAGUAGCAUAUAAACWCUUGUGUGUUUCUGUAUAAAAAGGAGUCUCUCCACUCAUGUGAAUUUUGUAAUGAGCAUUCCACUGAUCAUCUUAGUCUGUCUAAAACAGGCUCUAUCCAUCUCACCUGACAGAUUAGGCACACUGUUAAUAGUGACAUAUAUUUAAAGGCCACAUGCUAAUAGCCAAAGGCAGUGCAGGGAGAAGAGGAAGCCUAAGUCUCAGGCACAUGGCUAAUGCAAUUAAYAAAGAACACAUUGACCUAAAUACCAUUUUUAUCACUACAGGCAGAGGCCAACUAAGAAUGCAACAGUGGGAUGGCAAGAACUGGAAGAGAAAUUCAGGCCCUCUUCUGAAUGUGCACAUAACAUAGUUGUGCCUUUUCUUUUGGGCAGAAUUCACAUUAAGCCCCAGGAAGAGCUUUUAGCACCUUACAGUACCGAAGGGGGCCUACAGGAAAGCUGCUUGGAGGGAUGGGACAAGGGGCAAUUGCUCUCAAGUGAAAGAGGACUGGUUUAGAUUGGGUUUUAGGAAGAAAUUCUUUAUUGUGUGGGUGAUGAGGCACUGACACAGUUUGCCCAGAAAAGUUAUGGAUGCCCCAUGCAUGGAAGGAUUCAAGGGCAGGCUAGAUGGGGCUUUGAGCACUCUGGUCUAGUGAAAGGUGUCCCUGCCCAUGGUAGGGAGGUUGGAACUAAAUGAUCUUUAAGGUCUCUUCCAGCCCAAGCCAUUCUGUGGUUUUGUGAUCCAUCUCUCUCUGUGUUGCUCAGCUUGUAAGGGCAAGGUGGGGUGAGGAGGGGCAGCAUUAUGGCUGCCCAUAAUAAUAUUGUCUCUGCAGUAUUAUUUUUCUGGGAAAUACUCUAUUUGCUCCUUCUUGUUGUGGCUCCAAAAGAAGCAGGAGUCCACAAAUGUUGAAUAAAAAAUAGGAGUUUACAGAUUUGGUCUGGUUUGGAAGAGCCAUAUUGGUUUGCACACAGAACUGAAAACUGUUGAUGCCCCAAUAGUUUUGUUCCCUGACUGUCAUCCAGAAUGGGGGGUAUAGGCCUGGGUCCUGUAAAUCACAGCCUGUCAGACACAACUCCUUUCUCCGUGGUCAGAAAGGUUGUCUCAUUGGCGUAAAAGAUAAAAUCUAGAUCUUCCAAGGGAAAAAAAAGCCUCGAAAUUAAACACAUGAAUGAAUGUAUGCAAUUGGAAAGAAUAAUGAAAUACCUGUGCKGCUAACCUUUUCCUUUUAUAGUAUAAUAAGAUCUAUUGCAUUUCAAAGAUCUAAUAAUGUGGUUUUGAAUGUUUCAUUUGAAGAAGUAUUUUUAUAUAGUGUUCUUAUGUACCUUGAAAAAUAACUUUAAUGAUUAUGUAAAAAUUUUCCAAGUGGUUAAAUCAGCAAAAUAUAAAUCUAUACAUUGUAUUUAUUUGAGAAAUAAUUAAAACUGUGCUGCGCCACCUCAGUAAUGAAAGAUUGGUCAUUCUCCUGUGUGAUAAUGAUAGCAGCCUCAUUUUAAAAAAUCAGGUUUUUUUUUUCUUUUCUUUUAUCUGUCAUUGACAUUGGCUCAAAAUCCACAUUAUUUAUGCAAGGGGGAACUCUGAGCUGCCAGGAAGGAGAGCACAGCUGGGCCUG